GAUAUGCAAGCCUUAUUUAACUAAGCUCUCUACACUUCAUAACAGUUGUUCUUCUCCUUGUCUCCCUAAACCAGCCCCGGCCCCUGUACUGCAGGAUAAAUCUGAGUGUUCCUGUGCUGGACAGGUUUUUGAGCCCGCAGGACACACGGCCGGAUUUCCGGUUGAGCAGGGAGGCCCUGGGAGUGUUACUGGGCCUCCUAAACCAGGAACGGAGACACGGAUGGGGUGCCAAGAUUGAGACCCUGGUGUUUCUCUUCUGGCUAGCAAGUGGGGCAUCAUACAGGGUGGUCUCCAGAGUGUUUGCAAUGCCUUGAUCCACUGUCCACCGCAUCGUCCACAGAGUCACUGAGGAGGUGGUGGCCAUUCGCCACAAGGUCAUCCACCUACCGAAGACCCAGGAUGAGUUACAACCGAUAUCCCGUGGGUUUGCAGGGCUGGCAAGACACAGAGCCUUUUUUAAAGUAGCUGGAGCAAUCGACGGCUGCCAUGUCCGCAUCAAGCCACCAAGCGGCCCUGAUGGUCAGUGCUACAGGAACUGGAAACUGUUUCCAUCCAUCAUCCUGCAGGCUGUCUGUGACCAUCAGGGCUGCUUCAUUGACACCUACGUGGGCUGGCCUGGGUCGGUCCUCGACUCCAUAUAAUGCUCCGCUACAGCCCACUGUACAGGAGUUCACUCUACCCUCCUCGAGGGCAAUUCAUCCUUGCAGACGGAGGGUACCCGUGCCUCCAACACCCACUCCCCCUCAUCACUCCCUACAAGAGGCCAAUACAAGGUGUGGGAGCCCAGCGCUUCAACAGCCAUCACUCCAGGGCACGCUCCAUUAUAGAGCAUGCUUUUGGGAUGAUGAAGACCAGGUUCCGGGCCAUCUUCCUGCAAGCGCUGGAAGUGCACCACACCUUUGUACCUCACGUCAUAACAGCAUGUGCCAUCCUCCACAACAUCUGUCUUGGGUGUUGGUGACAUUGUGGCCCCAGAGGCAUGAGCCUGAGGAGGAUGUGGCAGAGGAUGAGGGGGAGAACGGUUUGGAGAGAGUGAGUGGUGCUCCCUGGCGUGACCAGCUGUCUGCAGAAGUGUCUGCCCUGGAGGAGGUGCCCCCUGACCACCAAUAUUUUUAACAGUGACAUGGCAGCCGUCGAUUGAACCAGCCCGGCAAACCCACUGAUGGACGAUGCGGUGGACAGUGGAGAGAUGCAUCCACACCUGCAACACACUCUGGAGACCACCCCAGAUGAUGUCCUGCAGACAGAACACACCAGGGUCUUUAUUGUGGUAGCCCAUCCAGGUCCAGCAGCAUCACCAGGGUCUCCCUGCUCAGUGGAGUAAAUGUUGUAAAUACGUUGUAAAUACUAAUAGUUAAAAAGACCACAGAAAAUAAAAUCAUUUAUUUAACAAAUAUUUUAUUUUAAUUGAUUAAUAAAUAUUAUAGAUAUUAUUUAAGGAUUAUUUUUCAGCAAGUCUCUGCAAAGCCUGUCCAUCCUCUCUCUGCUCUCCUCUCCCUCUCUCUGCAACCUCAUGUCUUCCUUGAGAAGCUGAAGCAACUCAUCCUCUCUUUCUCAGCUGGCUUUGCUCCUCCUCUUCCUCCUCCUCCACCUGAUGACCCACUGUAGUACUUGGCCCUGGUGUGUCCUCCGGCAUAGAUGCAAUUAUGAAAGGUGGGGUGGUGGAAUGCCUCUGUCCCAACACCUCAUCCAUGAGGACAAACCGGGGCCAAGUUGCAGCAGUGGGCUUCCCACCUACACCCUCUCCUGACCCUGGACACUUGCAAUCCUAAGACACAGGAAAUCAAUCAUGGUAAAUAAUAACAGCAGAAAAACAAAUUUUAGCAACUGUGUUUAUUAACCUGCAUGGCUAAAAUGAAUAUACAACG